CUAGCUUAGUUUAUACCGCGCACAGCUUAAAGGCGCACGCGCGUUGCUGCUACAGCCUAAUAAUUGAAAAAAAUAGAGGCUGUAUACAGAACGCCAAAAAUAAUAAACAAAAAAUAAAUACGUCACAUAUUCGAAAUUCAAAUUGUGAAUAAACUCUAGUACACCUACUUAUUGAGAACGCGAAUUUAAAAUUCGGCGCGCAUUUCUUGGCGGGAGUUUUGAAGUGAUCAAUUUGAAAUUUUAAAAUUUGUGUCGUUUUCCUGUGCCCGGCAGUUCUUGGGAUAAAAUCACAAUGUUCCACGGAGGCAUCUGGGCUCGGUUGCAGCACGUGUACAAGUGGUAUGUCCUGGGAUUGGUGUCCAUCGGCUACAUCCUUGGCGAGUUGGGACAUUAUCUUAUUGGCACCACAUCGAAGGUGACGGCAGAUGACCUGCACUACGGAGACAAGUCCUGCAUGCUAAACGCCACCCACCUGUCUCUCAGCCAGCUGCCGGUCGUCUGCGAAGACGUCAACUCUUCGGAUACAUGCGAGACCUUAACGCUGAACGGCACGAGGUACUGCGAAUGGGGCUACAAUGGACUCGGCAUCGACUACCAGAUCCUGGCGGGACCCGCGUUCAUGGCGGUGUUCACUGUGGUCGGCGUCAUUCUGGGCGUCGUCGCUGACAAAUACAACAGGGCUCGCGUCCUCUCCGUGUGCACCCUGGUGUUCGCCAUCGCCAUCCUCCUCAUGGGAACUGUCACAGAGUACUGGCAUCUUGUUGUUCUUAGGAUGGUAAUGGCGGCAGGAGAAUCCGGGUGCAACCCCCUAGCCACGGGAAUCCUAACAGAUCUGUUCCCGGAGCACCAGAGGGCGCUAGUGUUGUCCAUCUUCAAUUGGGGGAUUUACGGGGGAUACGGGAUUGCUUUUCCUGUGGGAAGAUACAUCCCACAGGUCAACGCGUGGGGAUUGAGCUGGCGUGUGUGCUACUAUGGAGCCGGUAUUGUGGGUCUCAUCAUCGCCCUUUUCACCUUCCUCACGCUUCGAGAACCACCCAGGACUACCAUUGGAGAAGAAGGUGCUAACAACAUGAAGGGCAGCGACGCGGCGCUGGAGUCGGGCAAAAAGAUGCCGCAGAUCACGAUCUGGCACGUGAUCGCGCAGCCCAGGGUGCUGCUCCUCUGUCUAGCUGCCUCCAUCAGACAUUGUGGUGGUAUGUGCUUCGCGUACAAUGCUGAUCUAUACUACCGUGACUACUUCCCGGACGUGGAUCUGGGCUGGUGGUUGUUUGCCGUCACGGUGGGCAUCGGGUCCGUGGGCGUCGUCGUCGGAGGAAUCGUCUCUGACAAGUUCGUAGCGAAGAUGGGUGUUCGUUCGCGCGUGUUGGUGCUAGCUCUGUCCCAGCUGGUGGCCACGUUGCCCGCCUUCGGUUCCGUCGUGUUCGGCCCCCUGUGGGCUAUGAUCACGCUCGCCAUCUCCUAUUUCUUCGCGGAGAUGUGGUUCGGAAUAGUGUUCGCUAUCCUCGUGGAGAUCGUGCCGCUGUCGGUGCGCUCGACCACGGUGGGCGUGUUCCUGUUCGUGAUGAACAACGUCGGCGGCAACCUGCCCAUCCUCGUCGACCCCGUCUCCAAGGCGAUCGGCUACAGAGAGGCCAUCAUGAUCUUCUACGCUGGAUUCUACGGCAUCAGCAGUAUCCUCUUCUUCCUCACCAUGUUCCUCAUGGACGGGCCCGCGGAGCCCCGCGGCCCCGCGGGCGUCGACAACACGGCGUUCGCUCCCGAUGAGCUGCCAACUAGAAACGGAGGCAGGACUCUGCCAGUGGUCCCCACAGACAGCAGUCGGAUGUAACCGUGGUCUGUGUGUAUGUACGUAUACAUGUAUGUAUGUACUUGCAUGGGAAGUGUAAAUAUGGUAGUGUAUUUAUUCUCUUAAUGUUGUUAGAGAAUUGAAAUCACAAUAUUUGUAUUUAUUCAAUUUUGUAACUACACUAUCGGCUUGUGUUGUAAAACUGUAAUAAUUUUUCAACUAAACCUUUCUGAGGAAUCACACUAACUAUUGGUGAAACCCGUAUGAAAAUCUGUGUGCAAUAGUUUUUAGUUUAUUGCGAACAGACAGAUAUACAGACACGGCAAAGGGCAUUGUAUAACAAGUUUUUUUUUUACAAAGAAAGGAAGGAAAGGUCUUGUUACAUUCAAACUGUGACAAAUACAAUCAUGUCCGUGUUGUUAAAUGUUCUAAUUAAUUUUAUUUGCUUUUCGAAAAUGAAUGCGUUUGAUUUGCGAUCUCGUUACAACCAUGACAUUAUUAAGAGCGAGAUAGCAAGGAAAGACGGAGAUAUAGAUAAUUAUUUUUUAGGUUGUUAGUGCGCAAUGAAAGAUUUUUUACUGUAAGUGUACUGGAAUCAUAGUAUUUAGUGUUAAUAGUAGUUCUAUUGGGAAGAAAAUUCCCAGUAGUUCUACUAGUAAAACAACUCGGUAGGACAGUAGUUCAACCACGAGGUAAAGCAACUAGCAACGCUUGUAAAGGGUUACUUGUAAAACUCCAUAAAAGACACUGUCCUAUAUAGAGUAGAAAACAGAUUUUUGUAGAAAUAUUUACAAAAUUUCCGUCUGUUUUUCCCACACUGUCAUAUUUUUUUUAUCAUUUCUGAAAAUAUCCUACAAUCUCAUCCGUGUCUUAGGCUAAUGUUGUUUGGUUGGACCAUUUUCGAAUAUUCGUAUUUUAAUCAUAGUUGUGUGUAUGAUGUAUGACCAAUGACUUCUAUUUAACCUAGCAUUAUGAAUUGAAAUAAAACUUAAGAUUAUUUUCUUGAGUUCCUAUAAAAUAAGUGCUUAUCCAAUAAGUCAAAUCGUACAAUUUUAUGUAUUUUUAUGUAGCAGUAAGAGAGAGAACGAAAGAUGUCACGAAAGUAGUCCCACGCUACAGUCACUAAUAACAACAACGUGGCCGGACUAUUAUCGGAAGGACCGGACGGAUCGGACCUCUCACGCUGUGUCUAUUUAAUAAGUACUCACUUUUAUUACAGUGUUGUGAGCAAUAUUUUAACAAUUUAAUAAGUUAUUAGGUAAUCUCACAAGUUGAUAAAAUGUGCGUAUGUGACAUAAAUGAAUAUAGCUAACGUAUACAAAAUAAAGCCGCCUAUCUGUUAUCAUUUUAUGGCUCUGCGUAGCCGCACAUCGCCAUCAUAUUAUUAUCAAUUUUUUAUCUAAAUUUAUAAGUAACUAGCUGAACUCCGGGUCUUCGCUCCCGUGGGAAUUUCCGGACACAAGGUACCCUAUGUCCUUCUCCGUAUUUUAAACUACGUGUAUGCAAAAACAGGUUAAGCGUGAAGAGGUAAGAAACAAACUUACUUUCGCAUUUAUAAUAUUAGUUAGGAUUCAAACACAUCUCAACAAAAAAUUGGGGUCUAUAGGGUUGGGGGCUUAGGGGCCCCUAACGCUAUAGACCCCAAGGGGGUUUAGGGAUAUUAGGGGCUUUGAAAUAGGGUAGAUGACAAGGUCAUAAAAUUGUAAAAAAACAUGUAAACUCUAGAUGAAAUAGAUAUAAUAUGUAUUUUUAACUGAGAAUUAAAAGAAAUCGAAAAAAUGUGAUGACGAUCUGUGUUCAUGUAACUAGUAUAGGUGUGAAAUUUUGUAUUUUAUUUACUCAUGUGCCUACACUAAUUACUAAAUUCCUAAAGAGGGUAGGUUCAAAGCUCCUUGGCCGGCGGCCAGUCGUAAAAUUACAGCAAGACUUUUUAAGCGGACUUUGGUUUUCGGAGCGUUACAGCCGAAUAUGUCAAAUAUAUAUUUUGGAAUCUUCUCUAAAUAAAUCUUUUUCGAAUAAGACAUUUGUAUUUUGUGGGUUUGGACGCAUUAUCAUACUAUUCGUAUAUUAUAAAUGCGAAAGUCUGCUUAUGUCUUAUAUGCUUUCCCAGCUAAACCACUUUUGAUAAAACUUGGUAUCUCAUGUUUAUGAAACUGUUUACCAUAUAAACAAUUGACAAUUUGAAAUCACUUGUCUCCUAAUAUUCCAGUGUCCGCUUUCCUACUUUCAAAAUCUAUAUUUAUAUCAAAUUGCCUCGUAUAAAUUCUUUUGUAACAAUGAAGCGGUUGAUGUGAUACUGUUGUUUUUGUACAUAUUACAUUGUUAAUGUAGUUAUUAGUGUAAAUAAAAAAGGUAAAUGUU